UCAUUCUAUGGAACUCUCCACGUUGGCUUAGCGAACUACUUGAAAUGUAAAAAUGUUUGAGCCCGAGCUGGAACGGAGAACUUGCCGCAACUUUGAAGGCUCACAUAAUUAUGCACCUUGCGCCGCCUUGCAUCCUGGUCUUCGUCUACGUACUGCUAAUCUCUGCCGCAGCCAUUCAGAGCUACCAGCUGCCAGAACGACGUCAACAGUGGAAGCAACGUCAGCAGUGCCAGCAAAGGAGAAUGAACAAUAUGGGGCAAUGUGACGGUAAUUCGCUAAUGGGCCUGGGGCGUAAAAACUCGAAGAAAACUUCCUCAAACAUUGCCCAGGAGGCCGCCCAGGAGGCGAAGCAAGCCUCCGACACCCAGCAGUCAGCGGCGGCGGAGGCCGCUCGCCAGGUCAAGACCCAAUUCGCAGACAGGGCCAUAUCGGCAGCCCGCGCGGCCGAGGCGGCUCUGGCAGGUAAACAGCAGAUUGUCGAGCAGCUGCAACAGGAGGUGCAGGAGGCCGAGGCCGUCGCCCAGGAGGAGGUCGCCUCGCUGGUCGGCUCUGAGGAAAAUGUCAAAGCGGCCGCCUCUGCGGUCAAGCAGGCCCAGUUGCUUCACCAAGCCCUUCUCGCCGUUGUCAAAAUUGCCAAGGGGAAUAUCGGCCACGCAACGGCAGCGGCAAAUGGAGCCCAGCAGGAGCUGGCCGAGAGGAACCAGCUCGUUAACGCCGCUCGCACCCGGGCAGAGAUGCUGCUCAAGCAACUGAAAUCCGCCCAGAUUGACUACGAAAACACCAAGAAGGAGGCCUGCAAGGCUGCCAGUGCCGCGGCCGAGGCAAAAGAAAAGGCGGCCAGAGAUCAACGAUCAAUAAGGGGGGGAUUCCGUUCUCAGCUACCGCAAACAUUGGGACAGAAUAAGCAUCAGCAGCAGCGUCAGCAGCAACAGGAGGAGAAGGAGAUGGAACAGCUUCUACAACAAUUCGACGAAUGCUACUGCGGAACAGAAGACGUUUAACUAGAGCUUGUCCAAAGGAUUGCUUGGAUUGCUGUAUCCUGGACUGUAUACAGACUGGAUGCUGCUCAGUUUCCGACAGUUUCUCAGUUUAGCAGCGCGAAUCAGAGAUCAAUACGGAGCAAGAGCAACAUAUUCAUCAACUUUUGGGGCGA